GAUCACGGGAGGUGGACCAUGGCGGCCGCCACGAGCAGCAACACAUCCACAGCCACGCUUCAGAUAAAGCACUCCAGCAUUGAGCAUACGCGGAAACGCAUAGACCCGAGGAGGAGGCAAGCGGCGCUGUCUUUUCUCAGCAACAUUUCUCUGGAUGGGCGACCCGUGCAAGACGAUGCAGACAAUCAGAACGAGGAGGAUAACUCGCUCGAAGCUAGGACUAGACAGAGCCUGGUUUCUCCGGAGCGCGCUGCGUACGGAGCCGCUGGAGCCGCUGCUGCUGCUGCUGCCGCGGCGGCGGCGACCACGGCCGCCCAGGCGCUCGCUUUUGCAAACCAGGCUCUCCUCGCCAGCAGCCGGGCCAGCCUCGGGACGGGUCCCACGGCUGGCCCAGACACGGAGGGCGACGCUUUCGUGCCCUCGACGUUCAGCUCGCCUUUCUCCGCGGUGCCAGCCUCGACCAGAGGGAGGCUGCAGACGUACACUCAGGGAAUCCUACCUGCCCCCUACUCCAGGCAAUCCUCCCAGAACUACUGUCUGGAGGGCGGACAGAUAGAGCUGCAGAGGUCAAGACGAAGACUCAUCUCUCAGCGCUCUUCGCUUGAAACUCUAGAGGACAUAGAAGAAAACGCUCCUCUGCGCAGAUGCCGAACCCUAUCGGGUUCACCCCGACCAAAGAGCUUCAAGAAGAUCCACUUCAUAAAGAACAUGAGGCAACACGAUAUGCGCAAUGGAAGGAUAGUCCUUAUCAGUGGCAGAAGAUCCUUCUAUAGUGUAUUUUCUGUCCUGCCCUAUCGAGAUUGUAGCCAAGCAGGGGAUGUGAAGCUGGAAGGAGGCCGCCAGCGGCACCCGUCAGGAGGCGUGAGUGCCAAAGAGAUGGUGAUCGGGCUGGAGGGGGUGGAGCUGGGAGCUGACGGGAAGACUGUGUCCUACACCCAGUUCCUGUAUCCCACCAACGUGCUGGGCGGCCGGAGGAACACCAUCGACUCCACGUCGUCCUUCUCUCAGUCCCGUAACGCGAGCCACCGCAGCCUCAGCCUGGGCCGGGCCAACAGCAACCAGAGCAGCUUAGACACAGGGAACGAUUUGGGGGACUUUCGCGAGUAUGACCCCAAUCUGCUGGAUGACCCGCAGUGGCCUUGUGGAAAACACAAGCGAGUCCUCAUCUUCCCCUCCUACAUGACGACGGUCAUCGAAUACGUCAAACCCUCUGACCUCAAGAAGGACAUGAACGAGACCUUCAAGGAGAAGUUCCCACACAUACGGCUCACGCUCAGCAAGAUCCGGAGCUUGAAGAGAGAGAUAAGGAAGCUGGCCCAGGAUGAAUGUGGGUAUGAGGAACCGACGGUGGCCAUGGCCUUUGUCUACUUUGAAAAACUCGUUCUUCAAGGCAAACUGAACAAACAGAACCGUAAGCUCUGCGCUGGAGCUUGUGUCCUUCUGGCGGCCAAGAUCGGCGGUGAUCUGAAGAAGCACGAGGUUAAGCUUCUGAUAGACAAACUGGAGGAGAGGUUCAGAGUGAACCGCAGAGAGCUGAUCGCCUUUGAGUUCCCCGUCCUGGUGGCGCUGGAGUUCAACCUGCACCUGCCCGAGAACGAGAUCAUGCCCCACUACAGACGCCUGCUGCAGGCCUCCUAGCAUUAGUGACCCAUCAGGAGGAUGGCCGCCGGCUCCUCCUCCUGAUCCCCCGCCCACCGUAUCCAUCCUCGCCUCCUCUUCACGGUACCGCCGGCUGCCACCGAGCUGCAGCCGCUCAUCACUGCGACGCUCUCCCCCCUCCUCUCUCGUGAGAUCAGCCAAAGGGACUCAUUUUUAAACAAACUUUUCUCCAUCGUUUGACUUCUGCAUUCAUCACCGCUACGAACUGUCCGCAAACAAGUCGUUUCUCUGGUUUGCAUGUUCCACAUCUCCUCAUCCUCAUCACUUUGUAUAUUUUACUCCUCUCUUGUUGAUUAAGAGAGCUUCUCUUCUUUUAAAUCCUUCUCGGUUAAAACAACCAGUGAUUGUAACAUUUUUAUCGCGUCUUUUCAUUAAUCUCCUUCGUGUAAACUUUGGUAUGAUUGGUUGCCUCAUGACCUGCAUAAAAUUUAAACAAAGGCCUUUUAAGUGGCUGGUUUUGGCCGGACUGUUACUCCUCAGCGUGACUCUUCUUCUCGCAAGUCAUCGUCUUAAAAGUGCACUUUUUUUGAAUAUUGCAAGACAUGGGGGCAGGGGGGCACUUUUUUCAGACUUUUAAUGAGCUUGGGAACCAACCCUGGAACAUAAGCUGUGUUCAUGAGCACCACACACACACACACACACACACACGAGUCAUUUGGAAUGGUUUGUUUUUCUCUCUCAUGGUUUGUUCACACCUUUUUCUAGUCUCAACUAUCCGCAUGAGAAGCAACGAUUGUUUGUACACAGGUACUUGCAGAAAAGAUGUGAUUUCCUAUUUUCACUGCAGUGUUCCAUUCGUUUUCUACCAGUCAGAUGCUUGCUAUGGACUUCUGGAGACCAGACCGACUUUUAUCAGUGUCGAAUUUCCCGUGCUCUAUGUUAGAGUGUAUUGCUAGCACAUUUACGGUGCUCUAAUAGGGUCAAGAUGGUUGUUCACGAGUGCAAACAUGCCAUUAAGCAGCGAUCGGGAGCGGCAGCCGGCUGCUCCGGGGUUGAGAGAAAAUGCCUUUCACGUGCAGAAUGUGGGUUAAGACCCUGUGCCAGUAAUUAUCCUCCCUGCUGAAGUGUCCUUGAGCAAGACACCGACGAGUCCCUGCAGCCUUCAGGGAUGCUUCUCUCAGCAAAGCCUCUCUUGAGGAGGGGAAGAAUGGAAACGAGAUCCCAGCAGGGGUCGAAUCACGGAUCAAACGUUUGCAAAAAACUUGUUGAUUUAAAAAAAAUAAAUAUUGAAAAUGAACAACUUCCGAUGUGACCACUUAGACGAUAUUUAUUCAAUUUCUUUGGCACGUGUCUCAACUUGAUUUUAUUGUUUUCUAAUCUUGAAAUUGUCUGACACACUACCGCAGAGUAUUGAGAGGCCACGAAAUCAGAAAACAUGAGUCUGACGCUGCUGAUGGUGUUUGAGCUGAAACGACGAAACCAAACCGUCACAAGGGAAGCAUGGAUUGUGUUGAUUUAAGAGGAAACAAUACUGAGCUUAUUUCCGUUUGCAAGCCCAAAGAUUUUUGCCGUACGAUGCACACUAAGCGAGGACGGACUCAUGGCGACACUUCUUACCUGUGUAUGUUUGUAAAUAAAUUGCUUUGCUUGUUCAAUCAAA